UCUAAUCCAAAAUUUGAUAAAUUAAGUAUACGGGAUUUUAAACUUAUUUGUGAUCACAUUCAAUCAUUAUUACCUUACUAUUUUUAUGAACAUCCUGAAUCCAAUUUAAAAGAUAAUGCGAUAAAACAUAUACAUGAUAAAAUAAUUUUUCACUUUAUCAAUCAUCCUUUGGAAAAUCUAAAAUUAGACAAAAAUAGGAAGAUUUUUAUUCAUAAUCCUUGGGCCUCCUUUCAAUGUCAUCGUAAUGUUAUGGGGUUAAUUUGUGUAAUUAAUUUAUUAAUAAUUGAAGACAAAAAUACAGAUAAAAUACUAAAAUCUAAUAUAAAAAAUAUUAUGAAAAUUGUGCAAUUAGAACACUCUCUUGUGAAAAAGCAAAUAAUGUCACAAAUAGGCAAUAAGAGUGUUGUUUUUGAAAGCUUAUGUCUUAUAAUACCAAAAUACACUUCUUUAAAAGAUUUUCCGAAUAAAGAUAAAGUUUUAAAGCAUAAAUUGGACGGUUCCUUUUCCACUCCAAAAGCACAUGAAAAUGUCAUUAAUUUGAGAAAAUCUUACACAAAAGACAGAAUUAAAAAGAGAGAAAGUUUAGAUCAAAGUAUUUAUACUGGUCAAAUUUUAUCUAACCAAUUUAAACAAUGCAAAAUCAAUCCAAAGCAUAAUGAUGAAACAAAUCUGCCCCCUAAUCUUGGUUAUAUUUAUAGGAAUCCAUCCUUACCUUCUAGUAGCAUAUCAAGUAAUUGUAGAUUAGUUAAUAACCAUUAUAAUGAUAGAUCUCAAUCUUGUUCACCCCCAAUUAAAAAUCAUUCUAUUAUGAAAAAUAUCAAUUCAAAAAAGCGAUCAAUCAUAUUGGCCUCCUCAUAUUCCCCCAAAGCUCACAGAAAAUUGGAUGAUAGCCAAAAUGGCAAGAUUACAACCAAAAGAGUCCCCCAAAUUCGACAAAAUAUACAAAAAUCUCCUCCAGUGCUCAAAGAAAAAUAUGAACCAAAUGAAGAGGUCUUUAUUUAUGAUUAUAACAUGGACUCACUGAAUAAUGAUAAAAGUGGUGGCAUGACAAAAUUGGAAUCAAAUUUAAAACAUUUUGCCAUUGAAAUACAUUCUCAAUUGCAAAACAAACUGGCAACUUUAUUGAAGAUUGAAAACGAUUUAGAUAAAGAAAUCCCCAUCAGAAAGCCCCUAGUCAUGAUUAGCACCCCCAAUGAGAAUGUGGAUUCAGACACUGAAUCCUCUAAUUUAAAUAGUGCUAAUGAAAUCGUGAAUUUCUUAAAAAGGGGUAUAGGAUAUGGGAUGGAUAGCAAAGAUGAAAAAAUUAGAAAAUUCCAGAAAAAGAAAUUUACGGCUAGACUGAAAAAACAGAUAGGCGAUUAUUGCAUGCUCUUGGGUAGGAUAGACGACGCGCUCAUUCAUUACGAGUCUGCCAUAGAGGCCAAUAAAUUGAUCGACGACCCAUUGUGGACAGCCGGCUCUUUAGAAGGUUGGUGUUCUGCCUGCAUAUGCAAGAUGUCCAAUUUAUAUAGCAGCUCGUCCCCAUCCUCUCAAAGUUGCAACAAGUCACUCUCGGCGGAAAACUUAAAUGCCUAUCCCAAGAAUCUCUUUAUAAUAAACGAUUUAACUAAGCCUAACCUAUUGUUGGAUAAGAAUACUAUGGAUAAAGGCUCGACCUCGUCACCCAACAAAAGCAUUCAUUCGUCAUUUAAAUCGAAAUAUCUAAAAUCUCCUUUCUUCAAUCAAUCUCAUUUGCUAAGCAUCGGUUCUUCUCCGUUCCUGGCAAAAUCUAAAAGCCGUAUCAAACUAUUGCCGUUCUCACAACUCGAUUACACGAAACUUCCUCAUCAAGUUUCGGAGAGAUUCAGACACGCCAUCGAUUUAUACGAUGAAAUCCCGGAAGCUGCAUCAAUUCGCUUUGAAACUAUUUUAAAGACAAUCCACUAUCACGCACAAAUCAACCAAAAUCUCACGGCGGCGUUAUACAUACAAGAAGCUAUAUACCUCAGAUUGAAUAUAAAGGAUGAGGAUACUGUGAGCAAAUAUCUGGCCAUCUCGGACUUGUACGGCAUCAUAGGAAUGAAGAGAAAAGAAGCAUUUUAUAAAAGGGUCGCGAGCUUGCAAACCGUCUCCGCAAUUGAGUCCAAUCCGCUCUGGAUCGAAUGCAAUUUACUACUGACACAAGUCCUAUCCGGAUAUUCCAUCCCUCUGGAUCUUAAGGAACUAAGAAGUGAAAAGAUGCACAGUGGAUGGCCUUCCAUCCAACACAGAAUUAUGAACGAAUUGAUUGUAUGUGCCCGAAGGUGCGAUAAUUUUCCCUUAGCAGCUAGGCACGCCAUGUUCAAUCUCCAGUUCCUCUACCCCUAUAUGACGAAAAAAGAUAUCAGGGAAGAUCUCGAACUCUUGAAAGCGCUCGUUUACAAGUCCAAGUAUCUCGGGACCAAUUCGAUUGUUCUAGAAAACGGCCUCAUGCUCGCGCCAGUUCCCAUGGUCGAUUUUCCUGUGAUUAGUCAACUAAGCUUCCCGUCCUACCCGCCUUCCCUGAAACCACAUUUGGUCAAGAAACACUUCUUAAAAAAUAAGAGUUAUAAUAGCAAACCAAUUGCAAUAAAGAUCAAUGAUCAGCACCGCAAGCUAAAACCGGCCGAAUAUGAGGAUGAUAUCAAUUACAACCCGAAUACGAAUAUCGAAAGGAACGGAUUUUUUACUUCUCCUAUGUUCUCCACGACGUCCUCAUCAUCUUCCGACUCCCUGACUUCAGUAGAAGAUCAUGGAUUUUAUGACGACAUAGUUGAGUCAAUCCCUAAAUCGCUCAAAAAGUUCCGGAAAAAAAACGUGAACCCUUUUAUUUACUCUCCUUUUUUCGAGAAUUUAAAGGCUCGUCGUGAAUCAGCCGAUGAACAUCUGCGACAUUUGAGGCAACGGGUUUUAUCUGCAUCUUCAAAAUUUCACGAUGGAACCUUUGAUAGCGAUGUAAAUGACGGAGAAAUAGAUGCAGUUUGGGUGAAAGACGAGCCUGCACAGUUGAUUUUUCACAUCUCUAAUCCACUGCCUACCGAUUUACCUAUUAAUUAUAUAGGUAUCAUAAGUGAUAAAAAUACCUUCAGAGAGAUACGACCUAAAAUAGUAUCAUCUUGCAAAAAUAAACUACAAAAACCAAACGACACUAGAGGAUCGGAAUUAUUUGAUACGCCAGAAGUUCUUAAAGCAGAAGAUGUAUCAAGCUACGAAAAAGAAAUUCCUCCUCCGCUUCUUAUUUUACCACCAUCCGGCCAAAAUAUCUAUCGCCUUAAAAGGCGAAGACCAACCGUUACUCCGUAUGUUAUAGACAACACCACACCCAAACAAACUUUUUUUUUAUCGUCUGGUCGCGCGCUUCCAUCUAACGAGACAAGAAAUUUUGAUCCUAGUUGGGACGUUUCAAAACCUUCCACGUCAACUAGUGAAAUUGGUAAUACCUUUGCUAUAUACGUCGUCCCCCAUAAUAGCGGCAAAUUCGUCAUCAAUGGGUAUUACGUAGAAUUGUACGAUGGCUUGAGAAACAACAUCAGGGACAAAGAUCUCAAAGCAUUAUCCGAUCCUUCCAGAGACUAUUUUUUCGAAAAAAGAAAACACCUAGGAACUCUUAGCGUUCCUACAAGGCUUCAUUCGUUUCAUUAUGUUGUUAAGGUAGCCCCGGUUCUACCCUUAUUACGCUACUCGACUACCUUCCCCACCGUCAAUUAUACACCACCCCCGAUAACUAUAUCGUCCCAACCGAACUACGCUGCCAGCUAUGUUAUUCCAAAAAUUUUCGCUAAUAUUUAUACCGGAGAAUAUAUAGAAUGCCCAAUUACCAUCACAAAUUUGGGAGAAGUUUCUGUUGAGGCAAUCAAGCUCUUUCUAUGCAAAUUUAGAGAUAGAAACCUUUACAAUCAAUUAUUAACUUUCAAUCCCAAAUCCUUGAAAUCUUAUAUUCUACACUGGAAACCAAAUGCACUGGCUCUUGAUUCUGCCCAUUCUCUUAUCCCCAUUAAUCCUAAUUCGAGCAAGGUAAUCUUCAUUUCGAUAUAUGGGGGAAACGAUUUUUAUAAACCCAACGUACCCCUGGUUGACGGAGUGAAUGAACGAAAGGAAUCAACCCAUAACUCCCCCUAUGCACCUUCCCCAUCACAUAUCACGGCAAAGUUUUCUAAUCUCAAACCAUUCAAGUUAAAGUACACUUCUACCUCUCCAGCUCAACAAUCGAAAGAAGGGAUUUCUACUUGCCACAAAGAAUAUCAGUCGAAAUUUGCCGAUCCAAUUACCCCUCAAACAACUAUCCACGAUUCGAAAAUCAAGAUAGUAUACUCGGGAAAUUCUAACGAAAAUCACGGCUUUGGACGGGAGUUAGAAAUUUGUUUUCACAUUGAAAUAAAGAACGCCGUGAUCAUCAAACAAUGUGAUAUCUUGCCUUCUGAGAAAAUGGAUGAGUGCUACCUAGUUUUAGACUUAACCAAUGUGGAUUUAGUCAACGAAAUUUGCGUGCAAUACACUCGCGAUAAAAAGGUCGAUAUCGAGCCUCGCGAAACUACCAAAAUCGCUUUGGCAAUAAAAAAAAUUAAUAUCGACAUCGUUUGCAAGGCUUCCUUUCCUCCUGGGUAUUUAAAUAUCAACGAUGAUCUCAAAAACCCUAACGACAAUCUGCUAAGCAAACCGCUCUCAUCUCUACUCAAUUACCUAAAUUAUUUAAUCGAUAUUCAGGUCGAAAUCACUUGGAAAAUCGUAUCCAAAAGCAUCGAAGGUCGUAUUCGCUUGUACACUCUCGACUGGACAUCUGAACAACUGGAUGCUCUUAUUCAGCCCCAAAUUACUUGGGAACUAACUUUAGUGGGUAAUAUAGAGAAAAACGAUGAAUUUUGUUUGGUCAAGGUAUCCCAGGUCGUCUUCGUUUCCGUGUUGGUUCAUAAUAACUCAGGGAAGGAUUACAAAGAUUUUCACGUCUCCAUUAAAUAUUACCAAAAUCUACAAAACGGGCAUCUUGAUUACGAUAUGACUGAUAAGGUCAUUUUUGUAGGUACCCUUAAUCAAAAUAUCAAUAAUAUUACCUCUAAAAGCACCUAUAGACACAACGUAUCAUUUAUAUUUCAAUGCGCUGGUAUAUUUUUUAUCAAAAUGAUCUGUAGCGAAUAUUAUAAAUCCGACAGUAAUAACAACGAAAACAAAACUUUAAAAGCACCUAUCCCUUGGUCUCAUUGCCCCAUUUUAUGCUUCCAAGUUUUACCAGAAUCUUAUACAGAGGAAUAGUUUUUGUUAUUAUCACAAAUGUAUUUAAAAAAAAUAUAUUAUUACAAUUAAUUUCAUAUUUUCUCAGAGCUAAAUUGCAAUUUUUUUUUUCAAAAAAUAAUUUUAUUUAUUUCAUGUCAGUUGAUAUUUAUAUAAUAGUGCCACAUCCAUCAAGUCUAAGUCACAAAAACCAAAAAAAAUAAAUUAUAAUGGCCAUUUACAACCAUAAAUAACAAUGUUUUUUUUAUUAUACUAAGGUUAUUUUAUAAUUAAUUAACUUUUUUUUUAAUACCUAAUCUAUAUUCACAUUCAUGCACAACAUUAUUUGAUAUUUUCUAGUUUGUUAAUUAAAAAAUUGGUUCGGAUAUUACGUUUAAAAUUUUAUAUUUCUCCUUAUCCCUGCUAUGUCUUUCUCUUUUCAUAAAUAAAGCAAUAAAAAAAAACUAAUAAAAUUAUAAUUAAUUUUUUAUAUUUUAUCUUAUCUUAUAGUAAUAUUAUAUAUUUUUGUUUGUAUAUCUGGAUGUUUCAUUUUAUUUUUAUACAUAUUUUUUUAAAGUUUUUUUUGUAAACUUAUACCAUGAUUUCAGUUUUAUUCCAGAAUAUAUACAUAAUGUGGU